AUGGUAUCGUUUUGCUCACAAUCAAGUCACCGACUAACAGAAGAACUCGUGCAGAGACCUCGUCCACCUCUCAAGGUUCUAAACAUCUCCCUCUUUGCGCCCAAGGCCACAGGGCAAGACAAGCAAGCCCCCUCAGCCACGUGGUUGCGAGAGCAGCAGGUCGGCAGCGCCAGCGACGGCAACAAUCCCAAGGCAAAACGAGCACCGUUGACACGGAAGAACUUGGCUCUAUUCAACAAAAUGGCCGAAAAGAAAGAUACCGGCAAGUCAGCGCUGUCUGCUUCCCCAGAUCCGACCAGAAGAACCAGAACAACCACUAUUUCAACAACAGCACCUGGCUUUUCUUCUCGAGCCCGAGACAACGGGAUUCUCAAUCCACGUAAUUGCAAAGCUCCCACGAAUCUUGACAAUCUACGUGAACAGUAUGCCGAAUCUCGAUAUUCAGCUUCGCCUACUGAGUCAGCUUUCAAGGAUUAUAUUGACGAGGUUGAGGAUGCUCCUAAUGAAGCAACGAUGGUUGAAGUGGGCGGGCAACUUCUGAAAAAAUAUCCAAGGGAUGGUUAUAAACGCGUUCUCAACCAGGCCUUUACAGGCUUUCCAAAGAACGUUGGUUUCAACAAUGGUCUGUCUGCUCCGCAGCCUGAUUAUGCUCAAGGUCUUGAGAAGGACAAAUUCCGUCCGUUCCCAAUCUACCAGAUCGAUGGGGCUAUUAUCUAUAAAGAUGAUCCUGACUCUUUAACCUUACCGCAUUUAGCUGGAGAGUGGAAAGGACCAGGAAAGGAUAUGAGAGAAGCUAGGCUGCAAAGCGCUUAUGACGGGGCUUCUCUUGUCUAUGCGCGAAAUAAGGCUCUUUCUUAUCUCGGAACACCUGAUCCUCCUGGGUAUGCUCAAAUUACGACUUUUACCACAGAUGGCACAAACCUCAAUUUGUUUGCACACUAUGCCAGGCCAUCUUCCAUAGAUGGUAGGCUGGAAUACCAUCAGUACCCUAUCAACUCGACACUUCUUACCAAUUCUUACCAGGAGUUCAAGACUGGCCGAAAAGAGCUCCGGAAUGCACAGGACUAUGCAAAGAACCAGUGCUACAACUUGAGGGACCAGCUGAAUGACUAUUGGCAGAAGCAGCAGCAUUGUGAUGCUCUCCAAGCCAUCGCUGAAGGAGCUUCUCGGCCUGGGCUGUGCAGGGAGUAG